AUGGGAUGUUGCGGACACCGACGAAAGGUCGUCUCCGGCGGCGCUGACCAGAAUUGCUGCUUCACCCCCUUCGCGUACGGUUAUCUCUGGCUGUCCCUUCUCAUCUCUCUUGCAGUCUACGGCGUCGAUACCUUUACUGCCGUGUCCCUCCUUGCGUUGAGCGACGAUUGGCCCUCGGUGAUCGAGCCCGUGGUUGAUAUCUCUAUCUCUAAAUGGAUCUUCUCCGCCUGUAUCAUCGCCUCCUUUGUCAACCUCGGCUUCGAACAUGUGCGCGCGUGGAGGGUCAUGAAGAGGGGAAAUGUGGCCGAAUGCUACCUCGACAGCCUGGCGGUUCGCCUCGAAAGUAUCCGACCAGGCAAGGGUCAAGGUUGGAGGCGUUUCCUUGUCUUUGCCUCCCUCACUAAGAGCAAGAAGGGCGCAGAAUAUAUCGCCCUAUUCACCUACUUCAGUUUCCAAUCUUGGAUUCGAGUCAUCGUCUGCUCCGGGCCGAGGCAGGUCAUCAACGCCAUCACCCUGUACUCUGCUCUCACCAAGGAUUUAAGUCUCGAGACAGUGCCCGAUGCGAGAAUCGAAAAGUCGAUCAUGAACCUCUUGAACAACAUCAGAGAGCUCGCCCAGUCAAACCCGCAGACCGCCCUUGUCUUGGCCGGUAUGAUCUUCACCUUGGUCAUUUGGGCCGACGGCGGUCUCGGUGGAUAUUGCGAACGCAAGGUAAACAAGGCUCUCGUCAAGAUUGUGAGGAAGAAGGUGAACAAGGCGUUGGCCAAGGAGCAAGCCGCUCGCGACAAGGCAGAUUUCGGCUACUCGGUCAAGACGGGCGAGAAGAAUCCGCUAGAACGGCAAGCGACGCUCCCCACGAUCCCCAACGUUGCCGCGUCCGGAGGGGACAAGCUACCCGAGAUGCCAACCCUGCAACGAACUGAUACCUUUUCGACGCUGCCUCCCUAUGUUUCGCGGCCAGCCAGUCCCGGAAGUUUCGAGCUCAACAAUAUGGACCAGAAGCGCCCGAUACCCAACCGCUCCGGUACCAUGUCGUCAUCGACAACAUACUCGUCGCACGCUCCCUGGCCUAUAGCGGAGCUGACAUGGGCACAUCUAGCCCUCUUUCCCCGGCACCCACUCUCCCUUCCAUUGACUUUAACAGCAACUAUGGAGCCCCGCCGCUUCGGUCGAAUACGUCCAACUCGCAACGAAGCUUCUCCCGGCCAGGGCUUGCCCCGCUCCAUCGACGUAUUCCAGCCGCAGCGGCCUCCCGUCAAAUCCCACACCAAGACCCACAAACCCCUCGGGUUAUCAGCCCUUCCAGCCGAGCCGAAGCGCAACCGGGCCCCUUCCCGUCAGGACACCCCAACCGGCACCGCCCACCCGCAACAUGACGACGGGGAUUACUACUCCCGUCAACAGCCCUCUCAAGGGUCCGGGUACGGUUACGACUACGAUGUCGAGUCGCAACGGCGCUACUAA